UGGUGAUGCCGAUGAGUUGAUGAAGGUGAUAAUGCAACCUCACAAGGAAGCAGAUCAUCCAGUAUCCAAUGAUCCAUUUGCAGUACCAUUAAGAAAGCCUACUAAUGGAAUCACUGGCAUCAAUCUAGGAACUACCAGUUUGAAGACACCAGCUCUAGAGCCAACUCAAGGAAUCAAUGAGAAUGAGAAUUCAUCCCCAUCAUUUGGUGAGAACUACUUUUGCUCUGAUAAUGGACUAGCAGCUAUCUUAGGUCCUUCCAUCAAACUAAAGAUUGAUGAAAAUCUUUACCAACAUAAAUGGAUCCGAAAUAUUGAUCCUAAUAUGGAUCCAAAGAAGUUGAGAAGGACUCUUGGAAAUCGAUUAUCUGCUCAAAAAGCACGGCUUAGACAGUUAGAAUACAUUUCUCAACUCGAAGAACAUAUAAAUAAUCUAAGGGUAUGUAUCUCAUCUCUGAACUUUCAAGUCUCUGAAAAGCAUACCAAACACACUGAGCUGAGUAAUGAAAACGAUGCCAUAAGGGAUAAGAUAGCCAGACUAAGUGAUGAACAUGAAAUCAAAUAUGCUCAAAACAAGUGGCUAGAGCAAGAAAUACAUAGGAUGUGGGCUAACUUCCAGCAGCAGCAGCAGCAACAAGAAGUCCAACAAACCUACCACCUGCAACUACAGCAUCAACAACUACUGCUACCACCAGAGCAGAUUCAGCAGCAGCAGCAGCAGCAACUAGAGAUGGCUGAAUGUGAACUUGGGCAAGGACAAGUGUUCAACAACAACUACCCAAAUCUGGCUGAGUAUGAACUUGGGCAAGAUCAACUGUUCAACAACAACUACCCAAACCUGGCUGAGUUUGAACUUGGGCAAGAUGAACUGUUCAAUCUCAACUACCUAAUGAACCUGGAUGAGAAACUGUUCAACAUACCCAUGGACCAACUCCUGAAUCUAUAAAUUUUACUUCAUGUGAUUAUCAAUCAGUCUUCAUUGCUACAUUUUCCUGGUGCUCUUGUUUGUUUGAUUCAUAUUUAUUAGAAUCCUCUGUGGAGUCCAGUUAUGGGUUUUUAUCAAGUUGUUCUUGUGUGCUUAUUAGUGUCUUUCAUGGUCAAGAAUGA